AGCUUGAUGCUGCCACCUUUGUUCUUUUUGCUUAUGAUUGUCUUAGCUAUAUGGUCUAGAGGAGUCAGGUAUGGCUGUAUUUCUGUAAACUGAGCCAAUAGGCCUCAGUGGCAACUUGGGACAAAGGGGAUGAAGCACCUCCUAGUGGUGAGUCUAGACCCUGGGAUGGUGGGGCUUAGCAGCAUCCCAGACUCUGUGAGAGCAGGUACAGUGGCAGCAAGUAUCCCAGAAUGGUGGGGCACAGCUGUUAGGGCCCUGUGGGAGCAUGAAGCAGCACACCAAUGACUCUACUUCCUCAGAAGAGAGGUAUCUCAGUAGUUCAAACUCUAGCGGGCUAGUCCAACUCCAGGGAAGCAGAAUACUAGAGUUAUUUUGCCUGUAGGAUGGGGUGUCUCAGCUGUUUUUCUUGGAUAUAGGGUAUCUUGUCAAUUCAGCCUUAGAUGUGCAGCUUCUUAGCUUGAAGUCUGUAAAGACACAGAGUUCCCAAGGGCAAUGUGCCACUUCAGCCAGUCCUGGAGGGCAAGACUGGUCUAGAUGACCCAGGCACCAUUUCCUUGGGAUAUAGGACACUGUUUCGGCUUAGGUACUGCAGUGUAUGACCACUUCAGACAGUCAAGGCACCAUUUCCUGGGAGGCAGGUUGUUGCUUCGAUUUAGACUUUGGUGAGGUAUGACUACCCUGGGCAGCCAAGGCACUAUUUUCCUGGGAUGUCUGGCAUUGUUUCAGCUCUGAAACCUGUGUCAGGGCCCAGUAGUAAUCAGAAGGGAUGAGAGGCAGUGUGCAACUUCAGUAUUGGUUCUGUGGGACAGGUGCAGCAGCGACUGGGAGGGGUUUUGGAGCAGCUCUGCCAGGGCACUUUUUCCUUGGGAGGCAGUGCACAGCCUUGGCUUAGGCCCCUCAGGGCAGGGUGCAGCAGCAACCGGGAGAAGUAGAUUAAGCAACUCCACCAAGGCGCCAUUUCCUCAGGAAAGAUUGUGCAACUUGAGCUCAGGCCCCGGGGGGCAGGGUGCAGCAACAACUGGAGAGGUAGAUGGAGCUGUUCUGCUGAAGAACUGUUUUCCUAGCAGGGAGCAUGCAGCUCCAGCUCAGGCCCUGUCUUAGUCCAUUUGUGUUGCAGUGAAGGAAUAUUGAGGCUGGGUAGUUUAUAAAGAAGAUUGGUUUAUUUAGCUCAUGGUUCUGCAGCCUGUACAAGAAACAUGGCAGAUGUGCAGAUCACAUGGCAAGAGAGGAAGCAAGAGAGAUGGGGAAGGUGCCAGGCUCUUUUUAACAACCAACUCUCAGGGAAAUUCUCAUGGGAAUUAAUAGAGCAAGAAUUCACUUAUUACCAUGAGGACAGCACCAAGCCAUUCAUGAGGGAUCCACCCCCAUAACCUUAGCACUUCCUGUUUGGCCUGGAUUCCAACAUUGGGGAUCAAAUUUCAACAUUAGGCUUAGAGGGUCAAGUAUCCAAACUACAGCUCUACCCUUUAGAGCUCAGUGACUGGGAAGGGUAGAUAAAGGAAUUCCGCUAAGGCACCAUUUUCCCAGCAGGCAGUGUGCAGCGUCAGCUUAGGGCCCUGAAGGCAGGGCACAGCCAGUACUGCGAGAUGUAUAUGGAGCUGUUCUGCCAAAGCAAGGUUUCCCCAGCGGGGAUUGCACAGCUUCAGCUUUAGCUCCAGACGAGGGGGCAGAAGGAGGAGCAGGUAGAGUGGUUUACAGUCACUUGGCCUCCAGGGAAGGGUGUUUAACAGUUGCUCACAGCUCAGCUUGUGGAUAUCAGGCCACAGAAUGGGGGUGGUUCCAUGGCAGCUUAACUUCAGGGAUGAAGGGGCCCCCAUAGCUCCAUGCCCCUGGAGCAAGACACACUCUAACAUAGUUCCAGUUCCGAAAUGGCAUAACAGUAGCCAUGCAGGCCACUGGGGGUGGGACACUGUGUCCACUCCUUUGCUAGGAGCACAGCUGUGUGGACUCCAGGCAGCUCCCUCAGCUUGACUUAAUGCCUGUGAGGACAGUAGAGACCCACUGGCAAGGUCUGUAGAUGUUCAAAGUGUGGAUGAGGUAGGCUAGGGUUCUCUUGCUCACCUUUCUGACAAUGGGAGAAAUUCCUCCUCGCUCCCAGCUGAUCCCGGCUGGCGGAUGGAAUGUAGGAGUCCCUGUGUUUCCUUCUGUUCUCUAUGUGGGUAUCCUAAGUUUCUGUGUUCAUUCAGGUUUCUGUUACUUCUUUAAGGAACUCUGCCACUCUGCUCUAGCUAUUUUUAUUAAAAUGUAGUUAUGUAUUCAUUGUUUUGUCUGUCUUUGUGGUGAGGACAUGUGCUAGGGGCUUCUAGUUAGCCAUCUUUCUGUCACUCAGCUAUCCUUUCUCUUUAAACACUUCCAUAGUGUUUGAAUUAAAAAAUGUAUAUUGACAAGCCAACAUGUCAUGUUGUCACUGUGUGGCGGUUAUCCCCUGGUUAUCUCUAUUCUACUUUCAGUCUCUAUAAAUUUGACAAUUUUAGGUCCCUUGUAUAAGUGAAAGCAUAUAGUAUUUGUUCUUUUGCUUAAACAUAAAUUCUUGCAUCUGUUCUUGGAGUCACAGGAAAAAAUAAGUUACCCAUAUACCUUGGCCUCCAGCCACCUCUGGUUUGAAAGUACAGACAAUCCCCCAUUUAAACAAUGAUUGACUUAUAAGUUUGCAAUUUAUAAUAGUGUGAAAGCAAUACUCACUCAGUAGAAAACAGACUCUGAAUCUUGACUUUUGCUUAAAAAUCAUUUAUAAUAAUGUUAUUAUAAAAUAGCUUUGUGUUAGAUGGUUUUGCCCAACUGUAGGCUAAUGUAAGUGUUCUAAGCAUGUUUAAAGUAGUUGAGGUUAAGCUAUGAUGUUUGGUAGGUUACAUACGUUAAAUACACUUUCAACUUAAUGGUAUUUUCAACUUACAGUGAGUUUAUAAAGACAAAACCCCGUUGAAAAUUGAGGAGCAUCCAUAUUGGAAUCUUGUCUAAGAGUACCCUGCUAUGUGCUUUUCAUGCAUUACUUCCCACUAUCCUCCACCUGUUGCUCCUGAAAACAUAUAUUGUCUGUUCCCUUCUUUGGAAUGUUAUGAUCUAUGCCUGGCAUUCAACCACCUCAUUUUCCUAAGUGCAACUUGUCAUUCGACCCAGUACAAGGACCACUGAUGUGCACAUAUGGAAUAAUUCUCAUUUCUCUAUGUCAUUUAGUAUAAUGGCACUCAUAUAACACAUCAUAUGCUGCCUUACAAAGAUAAUUUUAGUUUAGGUUUAAUCUUAUUAUUUGGUUGUAAUCUCCUUGUAGAACAGGAUCCAGUCUUUAUGCUAUGUGAUGGCCUUGCUUAGAGAUUUAGAUAUGAGAUGCAAUAAUUUUUUAAGAAGUUAAACAAUUGUCACAUUAAUUUGAUGCCUACUCUCUCUCUCCUCUCCCAGUCACCCUUCAUACUCAUUUCAGAUGCAGUAAAUUUGACACAAACAUAUAUAGGCUUCCUUAAUUGAGUUUUCUGGAAAAAAUUUUAAUAGUAAAAUAGAAAUUAUUUUACCUAAUUUACUCUUUAUAAUACCAUAGAUAGAUAGAGAGUGAGAGAGAGAGAAAUUCAAAGAGGGAAAUUCAAAGAUAUUUUUAUAACCCAUGCAUUCCAGGAGGCUAUAAUUAGUUAGAAGGACACAAUUUAUAUAUGUAAAACUAAUGCCAAGAUCAGAAGACUUUCUGAAAUUCUAUACUUGUAAAAUGCUUUAUGAUUUAUAAAGAGGAGGUAGAAGUAAUAAUUCUUAUUUUACUGUUUUUUCCCCAGAUAUUUAAUUAGGAGAAAUUACAAGUUAAGUGUCAAAUUUUCUUCACGGGAACAGAUCUAAAACAGGCCAAUUUGGAGACAUUUGCAGAAAAACAGAGUGAUUAGAUAAUCUUUGUUAGCAUAAAUGGAAAAAGAACAUUGAGUACAUAUCACUAACCAAAUGACUGAGUGGGUAGUUAGUUUUGUAGCUAGUUUUCUAGAAUAUGUCCUAAUACCAUUAAAGUUUAUUUUAAAAACUUUAAAGCCUUAUAAUGCAAAUGGAAAAGUCAAGGCUCAAGGUCACCUAGCCAGUCAGGAGAGUGAAUUUUGACUUCAAGCUCUAAGUGUGUCUCAGCAGCCUCCAUGCUCAGGCAUGAGUUAUGGAUGUGGACCCUGAACGCUAAGGUGGUUUAGGAAGGAGGGAGGUCAGUGAAGGUGGAGAGAUCAGAAGGUUGACUCUUCACUGAGUCUCAGUGUACAGAUGGCAUUUGGAUAAACAACAAAGAAAUUGACACUCAGGCACAUUAAGGCAGUGAUUCUCAAAGGCGGUUUGUUUCAGAAUCACCUGAACCACUUAUCAGCACCAGUUUCAAGGUCUCUCCACAAAUUCUAAUCCAGUGGUCUGAGAAGAGGCUCUGGGCACCAGGGAUUUGAUUCAUCUCUUUAGGUGAUUAUGAAGGCUAGAGGUUAGGAGCCCGGUUAUCUCUCAUCUUGUAUCCUAAUCUUGUAUAGUAAGUGCCAAUACCAAGGACAUAACUAACAGCUGCUCUGAGGGCUUAAGUUUAAGAGAGGGAGGAAUAUUCAGAGACAACCUGUGCAUCCUGGCCACCAUGCCUGGCAGCAUGGGAUACAUACAGGAGGUUUAUGCCACAGGGGGAUAUACAGGCUAGUAAUUUUAUUCCUUAUUUCCUAGAUUUUCUUUAUAAAAACAGUGAUGAUUCUGUCUGCUAUUGUGUACUUUAAAGAAACAAGCUAAUCUGCCAUAUUCCAGAUGCAUGGCCUUGGUCAGCUUCAACAAGCCUCAGAUUCUUGUCAAAGCGUAGCAUAAUAAUGCCACCUGAAAACCAAGAUCAUCUACCACCACCAUGUCAGAUUGUCUCCACUGUAGCUUGACGGUAGAAAGAUGAGGAAACAAAGAGGAUUUUAAGCAGAGACAUGAUAGAGGGCAGGGGAAAGUCAGAGUUUGAGGCCAGACUUCAUGAUGACCUUCCAAGAUCAAUUGCAGAGGUUUUCCUGGAUCAGCUGCACUCCUUAGCAAAACUAUAUUGGACAAUCAACUGAGAGAGUAACUGAGACAUUUGAAUCAUUUCUAGGUGUAAAGAAAGACCGAAGCCCAGGAAAAUAUUACGGUGACUUCCCAAGUAUGCCUGGCCACAAUACCUCCAGGAAUUCCUCUUGCGAUCCUUUAGUGACAUCCCACUUAAUCAGCCUCUACUUCAUAGUGCUCAUUGGAGGGCUGGUGGGUGUCAUUUCCAUUCUGUUCCUGCUGGUGAAAAUGAACACCCGGUCAGUGACCACCAUGGCGGUCAUUAACUUGGUGGUGGUCCACAGCGUUUUUCUGCUGACAGUGCCAUUUCGCUUGACCUACUUCAUCAAGGAGACUUGGAUAUUUGGGCUGCCCUUCUGCAGAUUCGUGAGUGCCAUGCUGCACAUCCACAUGUAUCUCACAUUCCUGUUCUAUGUGGUGAUCCUGGUCACCAGGUACCUCAUCUUCUUCAAGCGCAAAGACAAAGUGGAAUUCUACAGAAAACUGCAUGCUGUGGCUGCCAGUGCUGGCCUGUGGACGCUGGUGAUUGUCAUUGUGGUACCCCUGGUUGUCUCCCGGUAUGGAAUUCACGAGGAAUACAAUGAAAAGGACUGUUUUAAAUUUCACAAAGAGCUUGCUUACACGUAUGUGAAAGUCAUCAACUAUAUGAUAGUCAUUUUUGUCAUAGCCAUUGCUGUGAUUCUUUUGGUCUUCCAGGUCUUCAUCAUUAUGUUGAUGGUGCAGAAGCUACGCCACUCCUUACUAUCCCACCAGGAGUUCUGGGCUCAGCUGAAAAACCUAUUUUUUAUAGGAGUCAUCCUUGUUUGUUUCCUUCCCUACCAGUUCUUUAGGAUCUAUUACCUGAAUGUUGUGACGCACUCCAAUACCUGUAACAGCAAGAUUGCAUGUUAUAACGAAAUCUUCUUGAGUGUAACAGCGAUUAGCUGCUGUGAUUUGCUUCUCUUUGUCUUUGGGGGAAGCCAUUGGUUUAAGCAAAAGAUAAUUGACUUAUGGAAUUGUGUUUUGUGCCGUUAGCCACAAACUACAGUAUUCAUAUUUGCUUCCUUUAUAUUGGGAAUAAAAAUCGGUAUGGGGAGGUAAGAAUGGUAUUUCAUUACUUAAUCAAAACCAUGCCUUGAUCUACACAAAAUGAAAGAACUAUAAAAUGUCAGAGCCUUCA